CUUCCCAAUAUUGUUUAUCUAAGAGAAACAUAUAAAAUAGCCAGCUUGUGAUGGGGUGGGGAAAUCUCCUUUAUAUAAUAAACAGACCAAUACUGUAACUUUUUAUGCUGUUCAGCUGCAGACAGCACAGACAACUCAUUGGAACACUGUGCAGUGAUUUGCAGGAGUGUAAGCUGUUCCUCGAAACAAAAAAAUGAAAGACGCAGAACUCAAUGAAAUUGAUCUGGAAAAGCAGCCAGUGGCCAGAGAAACGCAAACAGGUAACGAAAAAAAUGGUUACGCCAAAGUAGCGGUCCCAGCAGACAUAGGAGUAAAGCUGAGUGGCCUAACCAAAGACGAGUUAAUGAAAAUCGCUGGUACAGUUUGGUGGAUUCGGGCUCGCUGGUUUUUGUUGGUUCUUUUCUGGCUUAGUUGGGUUGGCAUAUUAGCUGGUGCAGUAGUAAUCAUAGUACAAGCCCCACGCUGUAAACCCAUUCCUGAGAUGAACUGGUGGAAUGAAGGUCCUCUCUACCAGAUAUCUAAAGUCAAUGAAUUCUCCGAAAAAGGAUUGAAAGGGGUUGAGGAGAAACUGGACUAUCUGAACCAGAUGAAGGUGAAAGGUCUUGUUUUGGGCCCGAUACACACAGUGCAAGCCGACCAGCUGAGGACUUUAAAUUUAACUUCUAUAAAACCUGAAGUAGGCACUGAGAAGGAACUGGAAAGCCUGCUGGACCAAGCACACAUAAAAGGUAUCCCCAUAGUGCUGAAUUUAACACCCAACUAUGAAAGAAAUUCGGCCUGGUUCAGCAAUGCUUCCUCUGUUGCUGAAAAACUCAGAGAAGCAUGCAAGUACUGGUUAAAAAAAGGAUUUGACGGUAUUUUUCUGUCUGGGCUGAGUGACAUCGUCAACACAAACACCUGGACAUCUAUACAAGCUAUAUUCAACAAAACUGACGAGACCCCAAUAAAAGGUCUGAUGGGCUCAGUAACUGGUGUCUCUGUGGAUGAUGCCUCUCGCCUGCUGAACAGUUCAGGUGUUGACCUAUUUACGACUCAACUGUUGGAUCCACGCAAGGCCCAGGAAGUGCAGAAACUCUACAAUAAUCACUUACAGAGCAGCCUGGCCUGGAGUCUAAGUGGACAAACCCUGGGCACAGUGGCAUCCACAAAACCAGCAGAACCCAUACGGCUUUGUCACAUCCUGCUCUUUACCCUACCGGGCACACCUGUGUUUAACGCUGGAGAUGAGGUUGGACUUAAAACAGGGGAAAAGCUCCAAACCAUGUGGGACUUGGAGAGUCCAGAAGAAGAGACCAAUGCAACAGCAAAGGCUGUGCAGGAGGAGCGUUUCGCAGUUCGUGAUUUCUUCAAAACACUCAGUGACCUUAGGGGGAAAGAGCGAGCUCUCCUCCAUGGUGAAUUUAUAAACCUUAACACCGCUGGCUCUUCAUUAGCAUUUCUCCGCCUUUGGGACCAAAGUGAACGCUUCCUUACCGCCAUUAAUUGGGGAAAUAGCGCUGUUACCAUGACACUCAGUGACAGUGACUUGCCAGCUCAAGCUAAGGUUCGCAUCAGCACAGAUGCAGCAAAUCUAGCUGUGGAUAGCAUGGUGUCAUUGGAGAAGUUGCAGCUUGGGCCACAACAGGCUGUUCUGCUAUCUUAUCCUUAUGCUGGUUAGACACAGAUAUAUAUAUAUUCAGAUUUUCAUUUAUUCUUUUUGAGCUUUUUGGUAUUCAUUAAAGAGAUCUCAAAAAUAAGAAACACAAGUUUGAUGUAUCUUCAGAAAUUUGUAUUUAAAGUAUAAUAUGUUUUAAAUGUUUUCUUAAUGAAAUAUUCCUUAUGUUUUAUAAGAGUAACAUUGCACACACAAAAAGUGAAUUAAUAAAAACGUUUGUCACAACUGUU